AUGGUCACUAUCAACCCUCUGACCGCAGAAGCCGAGGCACGUGCGAAAAUGGCCGCCAAACGAUCCACACCGUCAACCACCGCACGGCCAUGGACGCACAAGUUGUUGAACAUGUUCUCCUGGUCGAGUCUCCUUUCGACUCCUAGUGCAACUCAAUUAAUCGUCGGCUCUGGAUUGCAAGGCCUUAAGUACUACAGCUGGGACAUCACCAAAGCUCUUGUUGUCGAAAGUCUUCCCCGGUUUCCGCGCUUCAUCUACAACCUACACCCCACCACCAAGUGGCUCAUGGUCAUCCUGCCCGUCACUGUCGGCACGAGCUGGUUCACGGCUGGUAGCCUGGGAGCCGGCUUGUGCGAGAACAAAAUGGUACCGGCGUGGGCCUGCCCAACCGAGAUUUCCUACGCCGACAUGGCCAAAGACCCGAUCCAAAUCGAAUAUUCACUCCUCAGUUCUGUCGAGGUCCCCGUGAUGGACUUUGGCGACGCCGUCUCGAAGCUCCACGAUGUCCACACGAUACAGCCAUUCGUCGGCGGCCCGAGCUCCGAGCAUAUGUGUAACGAUCAGCUACUGCGUCUCCGCGAACACCUCUCGACUUUCUACGAAGACCUCCGGACGACGACCGAUCGCAUGCAAAACGCGCUGUACCCUCAACCCUCUGAGGACAGCUGGCUCGGCUUCCUUACUCCUUCACUCUCGGCCGCUCAAGAAGCAAGAAUAUUUUCUCAGGUGGUGAGAGUGCUCCAUAAUUCCUCACUAGCCACCAAGCUCGAUCCCGUAUACCGCCACCUCCCCACCCUGGUCCAGACGAUCUUGAACGACACCAAGUCCCUACAGAUUAUCGCGUCCUUCCUACUCGAAGACACGGAGGAUCUGGACGACUGUCUUGUCAAGGGCAAUAUUCAUCAGUCUGGGACCGGUGCCAAGCUCAAAUGGUGGGACCCGAGGAGCAGGACUUGGGCUUCGGUCCUGCACGGAAGGGAGGAGGUGGCAGCGACCAUCGCCCGUGAGGGUCGGGAUCAGUUCAACGACUGGUGCAUCAUCGCUACUCGAAAAGUCCGCAUGUUCGUCCGCACACACGACGACGACACGCGCAAGGUGGCAGAGAUCCUCGACAGCUUCUCCCACGCCCUCAAGAUUGGUCCAGACCAUUAUGGUUCGCCCGUCCAAUAUGUCGACAUGCUCAAAGGCUGGCACGCGGAGCUCGGGUCCAUUAGCGUGGAAUGGGCUCUCGAGUUCCUCGACCAACAGCAGCGUGGACGCGACAGCCGAGCUUCCGGUAUCUAG